GCUUUAUAUGCGGGUUUUGAUGAGGUUUGACGUGUUUAAAGACAUUUAAUAGCGGCGGCCGGUUCAGCAUUGAAUCGACCGGAGUGGCUUCGCUUUGGCUGGUUGUCUUGUGCCAUUUUCUUUGAGUUAGUGUCAUUGUUUCGUUCUUAAAGCACAGAUGGCCCCAACCAAGAAAGGAGAGAAAAAGAAGGGGCGAUCAGCCAUCAACGAGGUUGUGACCAGAGAAUACACAAUCAAUGUCCACAAGCGCAUCCAUGGAGUGGGCUUCAAGAAGAGGGCUCCCCGCGCCAUCAAGGAGAUCCGCAAGUUCGCCAUGAAGGAGAUGGGAACUCCUGAUGUACGCAUUGACACUCGCCUCAACAAGGCCGUGUGGAGCAAGGGCGUCAGGAACGUGCCGUAUAGGAUGCGCGUACGGCUGUCCAGGAAGCGUAACGAGGAUGAGGACUCUCCCAACAAACUGUACACCCUGGUCACAUACGUUCCAGUCACCACAUGCAAAGGUCUGCAGACAGUCAAUGUUGAUGAAAACUAAACUCUGCAAGUCGAAUAAAUAAAGUAAAAGGA